AUGGAAUUAAUAAAAUCAUCUGAGAAAAUAUUAAUUAAAAUAUAUUAUCAAAUGAGUUCUUCUUCAAUAGAAACAGACUAAAUAACUCCCUCAAUAUUAAGAAGUAAUCAUAAUUACGUAAGGGAUUAGAAGUUUAAUAAUGUUAAUUUCUGA